UUCAAGCAGUGACGUCACUUCCUUCAGCAUCCUGCCGCAGACACAUCGACCUCGCCUCUCUCUGCAUCGCCUGCUGCUACAAACAAGCUCUGAGCCGAUCAGCAACAGGACACGGACCAAGACCAAGACCAAGACCAAGACCAGGACCAGCACCAGGACCGGACCGGCAGAGCCGUCGAGCAGUCAUGCCGGAAUGUAGCAAAAGUCACGUGAUCCUGCUGUCCUGCGGCAGCUUCAAUCCCAUCACCAAGGGACAUGUUCAUAUGUUUGAGAAAGCAAGAGACUACCUGCAUAAAACAGGACGUUUUAUCGUGAUUGGAGGGAUCAUUUCGCCAGUGCACGAUUCCUAUGGGAAACCUGGUCUGGUGUCGAGCAGGCAUCGUCUGACCAUGUGUCAGCUGGCUGUGCAGUCCUCCGAUUGGAUCAGGGUGGACCCCUGGGAGUGUUACCAGGACACCUGGCAGACCACCUGUAGCGUUUUGGAACACCACCGAGACCUUAUGAAGAGAGUGACCGGCUGUAUCUUGUCCAAUGUCAACACACCGUCAUCAACUCCUGUCAUUGGUCAGCCACAAAACCAGGCUCCGCCUGUUUACCUGAACCACAAUAACAUGAAGCACAUGCCUACUUCUGUUAAACUUUGGGGGAAGCUGAGCGAGAGUCUGGGGAAGGUUUGCUGCGUGCGUCCUCACAUGGAACGUUUCACCUUCGUUGAUGAAAACGCCAACUUGGGGCCCGCCAUGACGUAUGAAGAGAUCGAACUCCGUAUCUUGCUCCUGUGUGGCAGUGAUCUCCUGGAAUCUUUCUGCAUCCCUGGCCUGUGGAAGGACAGUGAUAUGGAGGUAAUCGUGGGCGAUUUUGGGAUAGUGGUGGUUCCUCGUGACGGCGCCGACACAGAGAGGAUCAUGAACCAUUCGUCCGUUCUCCGCAAGCACAAGGACAACAUCAUGGUGGUGAAGGAUGCCACCAACCAUCCCAUGGCUGUCGUAAGCUCCACCAAGAGCAGACUGGCCCUGCAGCACGGUGACGGCCAUGUUGUGGACUACCUGAACCAGCCGGUCAUCGACUACAUCCUGCAGACUCAGCUGUACAUCAAGGCCUCGGGAUAAACCUUUGGGUCAUGUGACUCUGCCAUCGGGGUGGGGGGUGGGUGGGGUGUGAGGGUCACUUCACUUUCUGUUUUUUAUCAAGUCAGUGGAUGCAUGCAACACGCUCGCCAACGUGACAGCAGUCCAGUAUCCUCUUCCCAUGUUUAUGUUGACAUACAUUAGCUUGUUAGCCUCAUGGCUAACGCAACGCGACAGUAGCUGUUGUUCAGGUGAUGCACAAUAGCCCCCCAGUGGAUAACAGUGUAACUGUUGAGUCCAUAAAAAGUGGAACAUGAAUAUUUUGACCACUUAACAUCGAUUACCGGUAUUUUUGACGUGGAGACAUAUAGGACCCAGAGAAUCAGCUUUUUCCAAAAUAAAAGUGCAAUGGUGUUUGUUGUCAGUGGUGUGCAUGCUCAGACACUUUUUUGCUUUUGGUUCUGCUUCUGGCAUGGAUCUUUGUAGAUGACACUUGCAAGAAUAAAAUACAACACUGUCUCUGUCAAA